AUGAGUGCUUGUUCAUCAUUUUCACUACCGAUUCUGUCUUUUACAGAGAAAGCAAAAUCUUUUUCGGAGAUUCAACAAGCUCAUGCCUUUAUGCUUAAAACCGGUCUUUUUCGCGAUACGUUUUCCGCGAGCAAGCUUCUUGCUUUCGCAGUCGAAAACGCAGAACCCAAAACAGUCUCUUACGCUCAUUCAAUUCUCAAUCGCAUCGAGAAUCCAAAUGCUUUCACUCACAAUUCCGUUAUCAGAGCUUAUGCUAAUAGCUCUGUUCCUGAGAUUGCUUUAAUGGCGUUUCGUGAAAUGCUUCUUCUUGGUUCUGUUUUUCCUGAUAAGUAUAGUUUCACUUUCGUGUUGAAAGCUUGUGCUGCUUUUUGUGGGUUUGAAGAAGGGAGACAAAUUCAUGGACUUUUCUUGAAGAGUGAUUUGUUGUCUGAUGUGUAUGUGGAUAAUACGUUGGUUAAUGUUUAUGGAAGAAGUGGUUACUUUGAGCUUGCGCGUAAAGUGCUCGAUGGAAUGCCUGACAGAGAUGUUGUUUCGUGGAAUUCGUUGUUGAGUGCUUAUGUGGAGAAAGGUUUAGUGGAAGAAGCUCGUGGGUUGUUUGAUGAGAUGGAGGAACGGAAUAUUGAGUCUUGGAAUUUUAUGAUUUCGGGUUACGCGGCUGUGGGAUUGGUUAACGAAGCGAAAGAUCUUUUUGAUUCUAUGCCGGUGAAAGAUGUGGUUUCUUGGAAUGCAAUGGUGAGUGGUUAUGCACAUGUAGGUUUCUACAGCGAGGUUUUAGAAGUUUUCGAUGAGAUGCUUAAGAAUUCGACAGAGAAACCUGAUGGUUUUACUCUUGUCAAUGUCUUAUCUGCGUGUGCUAAUCUUGGAUCCUUGAGUCAAGGUGAAUGGGUACAUGUUUACAUCGAUAAGCAUGAGAUUGUGAUUGACGGGUUUUUGGCUACAGCUCUUGUGGAUAUGUAUUCGAAGUGCGGGAAAAUUGAUAAGGCUCUUGAAGUGUUCAGAGCUACUUUGAAGAAAGAUGUAAGUACAUGGAACUCGAUGAUCUCGGGUUUAAGCGUCCAUGGUCUUGGAAAUGAUGCUUUAGAGAUCUUCUCAGAGAUGGUUCAUGAAGGUUUUAAACCAAAUAGUAUCACUUUUAUCGCUAUUCUAUCUGCCUGCAAUCAUGUGGGAUUGUUAGACCAAGCUCGCAAACUUUUUGAAACGAUGAAUAGCGUUUAUGGGAUUGAGCCAACUAUUGAACACUAUGGUUGUAUGGUGGAUUUACUUGGUCGGAUGGGAAAAUUUGAGGAAGCAGAACAACUUGUGAACGAGAUUCCAGCAGAUGUGGAGGCUUCGGUUCUACUGGAAUCUCUUCUCGGUGCCUGUAAAAGGUUUGGUCGAAUAGAACAAGCAGAGCGUAUAGCCAAUCGGUUACUGGAAUUGAAUCCACAUGAGAGUUCAGGUUAUGUUCAGAUGUCAAACUUGUAUGCCUCUAAUGGAAGAUGGGAUGAGGUUAUGGAGGUGAGGAAAAAGAUGAGAGCAGAAAGAGUAAACAAGAAGCCUGGAUGUAGCAUAAUUGAAGUCGACGGGGUUGUUCAUGAGUUCUUAGCUGGUGAAGGAUUAAUAAUCGACUAA